AUGGUACGAAUUGUAAGUGCAGAAACCAACGAAAUCAUUCGAGAUACUCAAUUGGAGAGGAUAGCUGUUGCGUUGAUCAAGGAACUGUUUAGAUAUGGCUUUGCUUUUGUGAGCGGAUCGUUGGGAUGCUUUUUGAUUCAGUAUGGAGUGAAAGAAUAUCUGACGUUGCAAAAGAAUGAAAAAAACCCCGAAAUUAAGCACGAACACAACGAAACGAGAUGGAAGAUAUUAACGUGGUUGAUUGGAUUAUUAAAUAGAAAUUUUAAAUCAUUGAUUUACGGAGGAUUAAUAGGAAUUGGAUUGUGGAUACUGAUUCAACCGUUAAUUGCAGAAUUAAGAAAUUUAAAUCAAAAUGUUAUUUAUUACGUUCGUGAUUAA